AUGACACUCAAAGGAGCAGCUAGGGAAUGGUUCAACAAGUUGCCAACAUCGUCCAUUGAUAAUUUCGAAGAGUUAAGCAGUUCCUUUGUCCGUCAUUUCGUAGGCGGACAGCGACCAAAGAGAACUGCCGACCACCUGCUUACCAUCAGACAAGGAGAGAAGGAACCACUGAGAUCUUACGUGACACGCUUCACCCGAGGCAUGCUGGAAAUAGACGAGGCAGAUGACAAGGUGCAUCUCACGACCUUCAAAGCAGGAUUGAAGUCUAGGGAUUUUGUGGCGUCCUUGGCAAAGAACCCCCCUAAGAUAAUGGCUGAGGCAUUGCUAAAAGCUCAGAAGUACAUGACCGCGGAAGAAGCCCUGGCAACUAUUGACGGGGCAGAUAAGAGUAGGGAAAAGAAGAAAGAAAAGGAGGAAGAUCGAAAAGGGCUAAAAAGGGAUCGGACUGACAGACGAAAUGACAAUGGAAAUAGAAGGAGGGACGAUAAGAACCCUCGUCCAUCAAAAUUCACUCCGCUGGUAAUGCCAGUUGAUCAGAUCCUAACAGAAAUAAGGGACGAACCAUCCCUAAAGUGGCCAAAACCACUCCAUUCAGCACCUGGAUUGCGUGAUAAAAGGAAAUACUUCCGUUUCCACAAAGAUCACGGGCAUUACACGGAGGAUUGCAGGGACCUCAAAGAACAGAUUGAGGAGCUCAUUUGUAAUGGGAAGCUAUAA